AUGGCAGUCAGCAGGGUCGGCUGGUGGAUGAGGUGCUUUGGUGCUUCAACGGACAAGCGCCAAUAUGCUUAUGCCAACUCGCCGCACAUCCGCAAACUCGACAGAGGCCAGUUGCCAAGGAAUCGUAAAGCCGACAAGACGCCGACUGCCACCUCGGUUCGGUACAGAGAUGAACAUGGAAAGAAGUGCUGGCAUGGUACUGCUGAGUUGAAACACACCGAGACCUACCCGAGCGACUUUGGAGCUUCUGUGGCUGCUCUGUAUGAUGAGCUGAAAAGCACAGCGUGCGGCUGCCCUGCCCUUCCUGCCAAGUUGCCCUCUGCCCUUGAAGUGUUCGAAGAGCAUCCCGAGAUUCUGGCUUUGUUUGCUGGGGCUGACCUGGAUGCAGUGUACAUAUACCUGAGAGGUUGCAAAUACCUCUGCAUCCCUGCUGUCUGGAAAGAGCAUUUCCCGGUCAAGGUGGCAGGCUCACCCGGAGGAUCCCGCAAGCGAGCCCGAGAAUCCCCAAAUUCCCGGAAAGGGCGGCGAAGCAGCCCAGGAAAGGCCCCGGUGUCCCGCAAGGUCCCGUAA